UCCGGGUCCAUUAAUUUGAAAAGCAUCCGUGUCGAUAACUCCACAGCCCGGCAUUGAUUAGAUGCUCAUUCUGUGAUGCUGGCUCCACGUAAGCCCAUUUGAACAAACUGCCUGCCUGUAGUACCGAUCUUGCCUGACUCAGUUCUCUCUCUCUAUAUAUCGGCGGCUCAAGUCAAGCACACACCUCCAGCUUCCAAACGGCUUAUACCGGCAUGUCUCUCACCAGGACCCUGUCCUUUUCAUCCCCUAUCCAGAUAUGCAGGAUCAUGCGUCCUGAUGAUGCCAACAUUGUAGGCAAUGUGCACGGAGGCACCAUCUUGAAAAUGAUUGAAGAAGCGGGGGGCAUCAUCAGCACUCGCCACUGCAACACGCAGUCGGGGGAUCGCUGUGUGGCAGCUCUGGCUCGCGUGGAACGCACUGAUUUCCUCCACCCCAUGCUGAUCGGAGAGGUGGCUCACGUGAGCGCGGAGCUCACCUACACAUCCAGACACUCUGUGGAGGUGCAGGUCAACGUCAUGGCAGAAAACAUCCUUACAGGCUCCAAAAAGGUAACAAAUAAGGCAACGCUGUGGUAUGUUCCGUUCUCCCUUCAAAACGUUGACAAGAUCAUUGAAGUUCCUCAAAUUGAGUACGCCAGCCCGGAGCAGGAAGAGGAAGGAAAGAAACGCUACGAAGCUCAGAAGAUGGAGAGGCUGGAGACCAAAGAGAGGAACGGGGAAGCCAUCAUUCCAGUCAUCAGCCCAGACAGACAAACUAAAGAGGAGUACACCGUGGGAUUCAGCCAGUCCAGCCUGAUCCAUCUCGUGGGUCCGUCAGACUGCACUCUGCAUGGAUUUGUGCACGGAGGAGUCACUAUGAAGCUGAUGGAUGAGGUGGCUGGGAUUGUUGCUGCUCGACACUGCAAGACUAACAUCGUCACAGCCUCGGUGGAUGCCAUCAACUUCCACCGCAAGAUCAAGAAAGGCUGCGUGGUGACUGUGUCGGGCAGGAUGACCUUCACCAGUAACAAGUCGAUGGAGAUCGAGGUGUUUGUGGACGCAGACCCCCUGGUGGAGACAGCGAAAGGAAAGUACAGAGCGGUCAGUGCCUUCUUCACCUACAUUUCCCUGGAUAAGGAUGGAAAGCCACUGCCUGUCCCCACGCUAAAGCUCGAAACCCAAGAAGAGAAGAAGCGUUUCGAAGAAGGCAAAGUCCGAUACCUGCAAACGAAGGCCAAGAGACAGGCGGAGCAGGAACGCCAGCAGUGAGCUUUCACCCGGCGGGGACAAAUCAAGACAUACAGCAUAUAACCCUUCCAGAAGAAAAACAGCACUGAAGAGAAACCGUAUAUCACAAGCAACCAGAAUACCGUGUCAGUUCUACCUGAAAAAGUAUUGUUUUAUUAUUAAGUGUGCAUUGUGUCUCGGUGCAGUAUACCAAAGCAUAUACAUGUGUAUUUAACAGAAACAAAACUAAAUGCUUUAUCUUAUUUCAUCUUAAAAGUAUGUUUUAUUUUUAAAGGCUUGAACCACUAUGUGCAGAGUAUUUAAAUUAUAUGUGUUGUGCCACAUGGAAAAAUAACAUAAAUGCUACCACCUUCAUAA